UGCGACGAUCGGAAACCUAGAUCCUCUCCGCUGCUGUGGUGCCCGCAUACCCUCUCGACAUGGUUCCUAAUUAGUGGCGUUGACUUUUUCUGUGGAGGGUCUUUCCGCAUCGGGGCUUUUGAUAUAUCGUUAUUCCCUGACACUCGACUCACUGGCCUACUUUACGGAUCCCAUUGCGUCAACGUUGUUGCACCCCACCGCGAACCCUGGUUUUUGCGCCACUCCAGCCGCUAGCUCUCCACCCGCGACGUAGGAGCAGAUGCUAUUUUUCCAAUUGGCAUUUCAGCUAUGGCUCUAGAACAGCGAGGCGUUCUUUAUCAAGCGCUAUAAUUUCCGCGAGCAACAACCGGUUUCUGCAGCUGCUUUUCCACCGCCCUUUCCUUGUCGCCUUGGCGGGCCGAGCCGUGGCGAGAAUUGACGCAGAGCAAAGGCGGACUGGUUCAAGCCGCCCUAUUGUUGCCCGCAACGCCCUCACGCCAGCCCGAAUUCCGCGUUCUCCCCUGGGCUGCCCCCAUGGGCUCCGCGCACUCCCACUUGGAUCACAGCGAUCACGCUGCGCCACACGGGCCCCUUCGCCUGUCUCCGGCAACACUUUCGCGAAAGGUUUGCACGCCGAGCAGGGAGAAGGAGCAUCAGGAAGGGUUUCCCGCGCUUUCUGUCCCGAGCAGCGGGUUAGAGGCGAGAGAUUCAAGAUGUCACGAGGGAGGCGACGAGGGUGUCGACCGAGGGGGAGUUGUUGAGGAAGCGGGAGGAGAGGACGAAAGAAGCGAGGUAGAGGAGGAAGAGGAGGAGGAAGAGGAGGAGGAAGAGGUGGAGGACGAGGAGGAGGAGGAAGAGGAAAUCAUGGUGAGCUUCGAGUAUCACUGCCGCCGGGAGAAGCGGGGAGGGUCGCGGAAGGGUAGUGGGGUGGAUGAGACGAGUGGGAGUGGGCAAGACGAAGGCACGGAUGAUGAAGGGGAGGACGGGGAGGACGGGGAGGACGGGGAGGAGGACGCCAUGGAGGUAAAGAACCAUGCGCAACGCGCGGACACUGCGCUUCACAGCGGAGCGCCAGCACAGUCCGACAGGCCUGCAGCGGGACCGGGCAUUGCGGCCGCCGCGCUUCCUGCCGACGGCAAGUUUCUGCACGGAGUACCAGCAGCGGAAGGAAGGCCAGCGUUUGCACCAGCGUACGGCCAUUCGUUGUCGGCCUCCUCUAAAUUCCUCCCUCUCCAGUCGCCGCUCGACCCCUCCGACGCGCGCUGCGGUCUCUUCUCCUCCGCCUCCAUGGCGUCGGGCGCGGCGCGCUACCACCGUCGCAAGUCCUUUUCUUUUCUUUCCGGCGCCGCGCUCAGCGCCAAUGCGACGCUCGCGAACUCCAUCCUCUGCGCCAACACCGCGCGCGGAAUCUUGGGGGACAUCGACUCCCCCAAGACGUUCCGCCGCAUCGGCUGCAACGCGUCCUACGCUCAUCCCGCCGUCCCCGCGUGCUGCGCGCCGGCCUGCCCGCUCUCCUCCUCCUCCGCCUCCUCCUCCGUUUCCUCCAAUCCGCUCUCCUACUGUUCCGCUUCUUCCGCCUCCACCACCCCCUCCUCCGCCUCCGCCGCUUCUUCCGCGUCCCCCACGUCUGGUGCGAGCUUCUGGUCCUCCAUGCUUUCCGCGGGCGGCGGAAGCACGGGCGGGGGGCCCAUUCUUUCCGCGGAGUGCAGCAGCUCCGCGCCCGGGUCGCUGGGGCAGAGCUUUCUGCUGGCGACGGACGUGCAGGUGGCGGGAGGCGCGGCGGGCGAGGACCGCGUGCAGGCGGUGUGCUCCGAGGCCAAUGGGUGGGUGUUCUGCGGCGUGUACGACGGAUUUAACGGCCGCGAUGCCGCGGAUUUCCUGGCCGUGAACCUGUACGAGAGCGUGGGCACGCACCUGCGGCUGCUGCAGUGGCAGGAGCAGCACGCGGCGCAGCAAGAGCAGCAGCAGAAGCAGCGGCAGCGGCACCACCAUCACCACCACCAGAAGCAGCAGCAGCAGCACCAUCUCUGGCACAUGCUCCCUCCCCCUCCGCCUGUCUCCUUCCUCCCCCCCUCCCCCUCCACCGCCGUGCCCCCGCCGUCUCUGCUGCGCACGGCGAACCCGAGCCUGAGUCAGAGCAUGCCGUCGCUGCCCACCGUGUGCGAGGAGGCCUCCCCCGCCCUCUCGCCCCUCACCUCCGCGCUGCUCGCCAUCCCCAGCGCGGAGGCGGGCGGAAUCGGUGGCGAGGGGGGACUUGGGAGGUUGGGCGCGCAGGCUGGCGCACAAAGGGUGGACGGAGAAGGUGCAGAACGGGCAACAGCAGGGGCAGCAGCAGGGGCGGGAGAGCCGAGCGAGGCACAAGGUAACGGUGUGGCGGAGGGAGGUAGCGCGGGCAGGAGAGAGGUAGGGGUGGAAGGUGCUGGUGGCAUGGGCUGUGAUGAGGUCCGUAGUGGACGGAGUGGGGCUAGUAACAGACCAGAUAGAGGAGCUUAUUGCCACGAAUCAGCAACGGCCUUUUUGCCAGCAGCAAUGAACGAACCAUGGCAGCCAGCAACAGCAGCAGCACCAGCAGCAGGAGCAGCCGCACAAGCAGCACCGUCUGCUUGCUCGCCCGCCUCCUCUCCCACCACGCUUGCCCCUGCUCCCCCCACACCGUCUGUAAAUGGGACGGUCCCCGCCGAAGCCUCAUCGAAACCGACUGCCACAGGCACGCCGGUGGCUGCAGGCACGGGCACAGAAGCAACCGCCAGCCCCGCGGUGGCGCCGGGCGCGGCGGUGGAGGCGAGCGCGGCAGCAAGCGCGGCGGCGACGGCGGAGUUCCAGGUGGCGGUGCUGCGGUGCCUGCAGCGCGCGCUGGCGCACACGGAGCGCGACUUCCUGCGCAUGGUGGAGGCGGAGAUGGAGGAGCGCCCCGACCUUGCCAUGGUGGGCUCGUGCGUGCUGCUCGUGCUGCUGCACGGCCGCCACCUCUUCACGCUCAACCUCGGCGAUAGCCGCGCCCUGCUCGCCACCUGGGCCGCGCCCGGCGAGGGCGUGUCUGUUAGCAUGGGCGCCGCGGACGGCAGUGACGCCGACAGCGAGGGGCCGGGCGAGGGGGUGGCAGGGGGCAGGGGUGAUGGGACGGGGGCGGGGGCGGAGAGAGGGGGGUUGAAUGGAGACGCGCUUGCGGGGGAGGGAGGUGGCAGGAAGGGGGAGAGGGAGCGGAGUGGGUUGGAGGGGUUGAGAGCGGUGGUGCUGUCGGAGCAGCACUGUGUGGACUACGAGCCGGAGCGGCAGCGUGUCGUGGCAGAGCACCCGCAGGACGCCAGCGCCGUGGUGGGCAGGCGCGUCAAGGGCAAGCUGCGUGUCACGCGGGCCUUCGGCGCCGGCUACCUCAAGAGCGAGCGGCUGAACAACAAGCUGAUGGGCAUCUUCCGCGUGCGCGACCUGGCAUCACCGCCGUACGUGUCCAGCGUGCCGUACGCCAUGGCACGGCGCCUGUGUGCGCGCGACUGGUUUGUGGUGGCGGGCAGCGACGGGCUGUUUGACUUCUUCAGCAACGACGAGGUGGUGCAGCACGUGGCGGCCUUCCUGCUCGCGCACCCGCACGGUGACCCCGCCAAGCACAUGCUCGAGCAGCUGCUGCUGCGCGCCGCCAAGCAGGCCGGGCUGGGCGUGGAGGAGCUGCGCACCAUCCCGUCGGGGCGGCGCCGCAAGUACCACGACGACGUCACCGUCGUCAUCACGCUGCUGGGACCCGCUGCCCGCACCUCCACCGCCUCCACCCUGCACUGACCCACACAUACGCACGCACGCACAAGGGCACAGCCCCAUCCCCACGUGGGUUGGGUGCUGCCGAUCCCAGUCUUCUCCCCUCCCAGCCUAUCCCCCCCCCCCCCCCACAAUUCCUUCCUCUCUCUCUCUCUUUCCCCUGUCUUCUCCCCUUUUCCCCCUCCCUCCAUCCGCCCUCACCUCUCCCCGCCCAGCCUUCUCCUGUCAGUGGCUCUGCUACCAUGUGAACAUGUGCUUGGCCACACAGUUUUGCUUGUACAGUCAUCCACGCCUCCUCUCCUCCCUCCCUAUACCGUACCCCAUGCUGCCUCAACUUACCCCUGCACAGUGCACACCGAGCAUAUCACAGCACCUCAUGGCACACACGCCCUUCCUCCUCCCACCAUUUCCAACAUUUCCAAUGGACACUCUCCGCUCACAACAAUGCCAAAUUUUGCCACCCUCCAAACUUGAAUGAGAUUCUAUGAUGGCCGGCCAAUUUCGUCGCGACACCAGGCUAUAGCUCUUGGCCUGUUAUUCUGAGUAACCUGCUGCAUGUGUAGUGUUCUGCAGAAAGGCAAAAGAAUGCUGCAUUCAUUUUUUGUAGCUGUUAGUGACUAGUCUUAUUAAUUUUGACCACUACCUAUA